CUGAGAAAGGGAGGGCCCCUGAGUGUGUCGCUGCAUCUGGCCCACAGCUGCUCCGUCUCUGCCUCAGGAAACAUACUUGUCAAUCCUUGUCCUCUGCCAUCAGCACUUGGCUCCCCCAGCACCAGAGAUGAUCAAGGAGGAGCACGAGGUGGCCGUGCUGGGGGCUCCCCAGACCCAGGCCCCCAUGACCACCACGGUGAUCAACAUCCCCAGGGAGACCUCCGUGCCCGACCACAUCGUCUGGUCCCUGUUCAACACGAUCUUCAUGAACUGGUGCUGCCUGGGAUUCGUGGCAUUCGCCUACUCCGUGAAGUCUAGGGACCGGAAGAUGGUGGGCGAUGUUGUUGGGGCCCAGAGCUAUGCCUCCACCGCCAAGUGCCUGAACAUCUGGGCCCUGGUCCUGGGCAUCUUUCUGACUAUUGGAUCGAUCGUUCUUCUGGUGUUUGUUUACCUGAAAGCCUACCAGAUGGGUUUACAGAUGGCGAAUAAUGGAGGCUACUAGCCGCUGGACACGGAGGCAACCCAGUUCCCCCACUGUCCACGGCCGGCCCUGCACCUGGGGCUGUGGGCCCGCCCCCUCCCCCCACCCCUUUAUACAGCAGUUUCUGGAGACAGAGCUGUCGACAGCUGAAUUCAAUAAAGUGCACUCAUCUGUGAAGGUGCUGUGAGGUCCCCGGGGAGGGGACACUGCUGUGAGUCCCCGGUGGCCUCGGGGAAGCACAGAGCGCUCCGCUGUGGGCUGACAGCAGAAGCCCAGAGCAGAGCUGGUGACCCCGCCCCGGUCGACCGAAACCCCCAGAGGAAAGACCACUCCCUCCCAUGCAAACGUGGCCGCCCUGCUGGGUGGCAGCGUCUCACAGACACUGGGGACCCGAGCCUGGGCUGCACACGGGGAGGUGGGGACCCGCCUCAGCCCAACGCAGGGAGAGACACCCCAGGCAGGCAGGUAUUCCUGUCUCUGAGCCCCAGAGGGAGAGGGCGCGGGGGACGCACCCCGCCGGCUGACCCACCGCGCCCUGCACAGUACCCCAGGUGUGCUGUGCGUCACCCAGGAGAGGCUGGAGGAGUCCAGGCAGCCCGAGGCUGGUGCUGGGGCAGUGACCCCUUCCCCACAGGCCCCUCGGGGAUCCAGGCUCUUCUGGGCUCCCUCACUGGGCUGAGGUCCAGUCCUGUCCGGCUCUCAUUGAAUUUCACAGCACUCUUCAUGGUGGAUUUCCUUCCGUCCUGGCACCUAGGACUAUAGACACCAAACCCUCACAGGGCCCUACCUCGGGGGCUGUGUAGGUUGGGGUCCUCCCUGGGGGACGGUGACUCAGACGAGGUCGCCCGCUCUCUCUUGGGUCCCACAUGUGAGCUCGGCAGCCUCGGCCCCAGGGAAGCUGGGUCCCGGAGGAGGGGAGGCUGGCGGACCUGCCUCUCUGAGUCCAGGAAGGACACUCGCCCAGGCAGGGGGCGGGGGGACAGAUGUGUGACCCCAACCCCCCACACCCCCGACCCCGGCUGGCCGACUAGGCGCGUCCCACGUUCCCCUGUCGGGCGGACAGCGGUCACGAAGGGUGGUGGCACUGAGUGUAACCCCGUCACUCUUCACGGAUUCGGGGUGAGGGUCGUGCGAGGUGGGAGACCAGCUGGUGCAGGCAGCCAAGAUCCCGUGGUCUGGAGCUUCCGAAAGUUCACAGGAGGCCCGAGGCAUCAAGCAGGGGAACUGAGGGUCCUUCGAAGGUCCUGGACAUGGACUGCUGGGUCAUGAGCAGCCUAGUCCUCGGGGCCACCCCAGCUCUGGUUCCGAUGUGGGCGGCCACAGUGUCCUGGGUCACCUGUGGGUGGGCGGUGCUGGUUGGGGCGGGUGACCUGGGCUGGGCGGAGAGCGUCCGGGGAGCUGAGAGGAUGCAGAGCUGGGAGGACACAGACCUGGGAGGGUGUGAUCUGGGAGGACAAAGACCGGGGGGACCAGAGCUGGGAGGACACAGUGGGAAGACAGAACUGGGACGUCAGAGCCCUGGGCAGGGCCGCACAGGUGGGCCGGCAGCAAGGGUGAGAGGCGUUUCUGGUCCUUUCUCCCAGUAGCCCUCAGGAGAGAAGUCUCUGUUAUCGCUUUGCCUGGAGUCUGGCCUGGAGGAAGUCUGACGUUAGGAUUCCUGAAGAUGCCCCGCCCGGGUUUGGUCCUGAGGGAGUGAGGGCAGAGCAGGACGGCUGUGCUCCUGGUGGGGACGAACAUCUCUCCUGGCCUCGCCCCUGGCCCCCUUCCUGAGCGCUGCUGGUCCGGGAAGCUUCCUCCUGCCCAGCCCACCCAGCAGGGGUCUGAGUCGCUGGGCAGCGCCCCCUGCCUGACUCCAGGGCCUUACUGGCUGCUGGCCCCUCCUCACCUUGGAGUCAGUCCUUCCCAAUCCAGAGGGGUAGGUCUGCCAGCCUCCCCUCCUCCAGGACUUCCUUGGGGCUGUCCCCUCCCUGCUCACGUGUGACAGACCCCGGGGGAGAGGGGCUCCCUCAUGGCCACCCUGGGACCCCAGCCCCUCGGCCAUCUCCUGGAGCCAGGGGACUGCAGCUGGGGACAGAUAAAGGGGCGUGGGUGCGGGUCAGGUGUCAGUGGACGAAGGGGAGGCUAGGGCCACCCCACCUCACACCGCACCUGCCCAGCUGGUUGUGGGCAGGGUCUGCCCUGGGGCACCCCAAGUGCCCACACAUCUGGAGGCCUGACAGAACCAGGGAUGGGGUCUGAUUUCCAGGGCAGGGCAGGGGUUUCUCCUCCUCCUGGGGGCUGUCUCUGCAGCGGUGGCCCAUAGCCUUCCUGAGCUGACGGGGUCCUACGAACAGCAAAGCGGAGGCACAUGUCGAAGGGUCUGAAAGGGAGCAGGGGAACCACUGCGGACCUGGAAUUUGCACACGUCCUGGCCGCCCUGGGACCACCUGGAACCUGUUGUCUUUACUCCCUGGAAACCUCAGUUUAGCAGCCAAUCAGCUGCCGACAGGUAACCCAAUGCCUGCUAGCAAUGAUCUGGCUUUCUAAAACAACCCCUGUAACUUCUCUGGAAUGUCUUUGUUGUGUUUAGAACCCCCCAGCACUUGUACUUUCCUCGCAGCACGUUUGACCUGCUACUGGAAUCUGCACUUCUCCGAUUGCAAAUCCUAAAACUCCAAAUAAACUCUUUUCUUAUUUGCGGGC